UGGCCGCCCCUUCCCCCGCCCCCUCUCCGUAGCCAGGGGCGGGCGGCUGGUGCAUCCUGGGAGUCGCGGCCGCGGGGAUUGUGGGAAAUGUAGUUCGGCCGCGCCGCCCGCCGCGCCUUCCUGUUCAUGGCUGCUUCCUGGAAGGCGCUGUCACGUGGAGCCCCUUAGCCUCCGCAUUCCGAACUCCAGGAAGGGAGCACUUCAAGUCAGAGAGCCACACCUACAUCGUUUCUCUGAGCCAGCCAUCUCAAGAUCCCACCACCAUGGCCUCAGCCCCAGCACAGCUGUUCCUCGCCCUCCUCUCACUGCUGUUGGAGCUGCCUGCUGUGGAAGCAGUAGAAGCAGGAGAUGCAAUCGCCCUGUUCUUAGGUGUGGUGGUCUGCAUCACAGGCAUCUGUGCGUGUCUGGGGGUGUAUGCGCGGAAGAGAAAUGGAGAGGUGUGACUUCGAAGGGCCGCCGGAGUCAAGCCUUGCCCUGAAAACAUUGGAGCUGCUCAGGUUAAAAACUGAGCUUUGGUGUCCGAAAGUUCCCAAGAAACAGACAGUACAUAGGGUAAUUUUACAUUCUUAGGUUUCCCUAUAAAUGGGGAUAAAUUAGUAUUAUAGAUGUUAAAUGGGGAAAAAAAAUCUUUUUUCACAACAAAUAAUGCUAUGAAACAUGCAGCCUCUAGUUGCUAGUUAGAAAGAUGGUCAAAGAAGUAAGAUGGCUGAAAUUUGCAUAAGUAAUAUUUAGUAAUCUCAGAAAUUCUCAAAGCACAUGAAAUUGGAAGAAGGAAACUCCUGCCCAGAAUCCUAGGAAGUAGCCCCUAUUCUGUUGUAAUUACUGCCUCCUGCAUUACUGAGGAGUCUUUUCUCUCUGUUCUUUUAUAUUUUUGUUUUGUUAUCUCCAAGUUAAUAUUGUACUUAGGUAUUUGAUAUUAUAGUCGGUCAAACUUGAAAUUUUUAUUUCUUUGGGGGGAAAGUAGUUAAAAACUGUAUUAGUGUAUCUAACAUUGAAAUGGAGAAAAGAUUUAAUGUAAAAAAAAAAUACUUUGUAUUGACAUUAAAAUAGGGAAGAGAUUUAAUGUAAAAAAA